AAGUUGUUCAAACUACACUGAAGUGGAAUGGAUGCUGCAGCGACAGUGUCUAAUAUACAAUGGACACAAAACGCGUUUCAAGUUUUGGCCACAACCUUGCACCUUACAUCGUUCCUGUAUCCACAGCAAGCUGUUGUAAAUGAUGGCGACGUGUUCGAUUACAUUAUAGUUGGAGCAGGGUCAGCAGGCUGUGUUAUUGCCACCAGGCUAACAGAAGAUCCAGAUAUAAAAGUUUUAUUGGUCGAAGCUGGAGGCGAUCCACCCAUUGAAUCAGACAUCCCGGGCCUAGUAGGAUAUUUGAAACAUACAUCAGUUGACUGGAAUUAUACUUCAGUAGACGAUGGAUAUUCGCAACAAUCACAUAAAAAUAGUGUUACUGAUUUAACUCGAGGCAAAAUGCUGGGUGGAAGUAGUAGUAACAAUUAUAUGUUUUAUAACAGAGGUGUUCCACAGGAUUUUAAUACCUGGACAGACAUAGUAAAUGAUACAACAUGGAGAUAUGAAAACGUUCUAGAAUAUUUUAUUAAAAGUGAAAAACUUGAAGAUCCUAUUCUAUUGAAAUCACCUUCUGGAGAUUUUCAUGGACGUACUGGUUAUCUAAAAGUCACUAAGCAAUAUAAUGAGAAAACUAAAGAUUACUUGAAAGUGUUUAAAGAACUCGGAUUCAAUGUAGUUUCAGAUAUAAACUCGAAUAAUACUCUCGGUUUUACGGAACCUCUACUUACAAUGGCAGAUGGUCAUAGACAAAGCACAGCUAAAAGUUUUCUCUCAAAAAUCAAAGACCGUUCUAAUUUGUAUGUUCUAAAAAAUACUUUAGUCACUAAAAUUAACUUUGAUAACGAUAAUAAUGCUGUAAGUGUUGAUGCUAUAAAUGAAAAUGACAAGACUUCUAACUUUAAAGCAAAUAGGGAAAUUAUAAUAUCAGCCGGAGCCAUAAAUUCUCCACAGUUACUUAUGCUCUCAGGUAUUGGACCUAAGAAACAUCUCGAAGAUUUAGGUAUUAAAGUAAUUUCCAGCCUUCCUGUAGGGGAAAACUUCCAUGACCAAGUUUCUGUUAUUUCAGUUUAUGCAACGAAAAAAAUAGAGGAUGCACCGAAACGUACAAACUUCUUUAAUACAUUCCCUACUUUUAAUGGGUUUGUAAGUUUGAACAAAUCUAAAUUAGUCCCGGAUUACCAGUCUAUUAAUACCAUUAUGGAUCACGAUACAUUUUUGUCAAGUUGUGUAUUUAGUGUCGCUUUUAAAGACAGCAUAUGCGAUAAUUACUAUCAAAAUGCUAAAGGAAGAGAGGUAUUGUUUUCACAGACUAUAGAUCUAUACCCGAAAUCUCGUGGUAAGAUUUUAUUGCAAAGUUCUAAUCCAAAAGAUUAUCCAUUAAUUCACUCCGGAUUCUUUUCUAAUUCUGUGGAUUUGGAAAAUGCUGCAAUUUAUACAGAGCAUGCCAACUGCAUUAUGAAUUCAAGCUUUUUCAAAGAGGUCGAUGCAAAGUUUUUGGUGUCACCAAGUUGCACUAACUUUGAACCGGGUAGUAAAGAAUACUGGAAAUGCCAUGUGCUUAGCAUGUCAACAACAAUAUUUCACUACAUAGGUACUUGUUCAAUGGGAUUAGUCGUUGAUGGGAGACUGAGGGUACGCGGAGUGAAAAAGCUACGAGUAGCGGAUGGGAGUGUCAUACCUACUAUGACUGCUGGAAAUAUUAACGCUCCAAUUAUAAUGAUUGGAGAAAAAGCAGCAGACUUUAUAAAGGAAGAUAACAAAAUAAAUUAUUUAAAAAUAAAAGGUAAUAAAAGUAAAUAAACAAUGGAGCUAUUUAAUGGAUUGGAACAUAAUAUAAAUAAAUGAUGUAACAUGUCAAUAUGAAAAAAGUAAUCAACGAAUCAUUAUUAAAUGGAUAUUUUAUAAUAUAUACUUUAUUAUUUAUCAUUUCACCAAAUAGACAAUUACCUCUUUUACAAUAAUGUUUCAUUAAUUUGCUCAUUAAAGAUAUGUGUAAAAUGUAUUGCAUGUAUAUUUGUCUUCGUAAUAUAUUAUGUAAAUUCGAUAUUAUUUUUUGUUUAAAGAUUAAGAAAUUUAAUGUAAUUUCUGUUACAAGAAUACGAAAUUUAACAUCAAAUAUUUUGUAGUUGAUACCUGCAGUCUGUAAAAGAAAGUCUGUAAAAUGAUAAUCUUUUUAGAAAAUUACGUGCCAUUGUAAAGGAAGUUUUUAUAUUAUUAUGAAUGAUUUCUUAAACGUGCUGUUUAAUUUGCUUCUUCUUUCAAUCCUUAAUCCUAGUACUUUUUGGUUAUUGGAUAUUGGAUCACCAUUUAGCGAGAGGUCUUCCUUUUCCCCGACAUUUUGUAAAGAUAUUCAUGACAGUUUUUUAUC